UCAUACUAGUGUUACCAAAUAUAAGGGAGGAUGAUUUGCCAUUUAUAUUUAAAAUUUUAUGGUCCCACCAUAUCAUACAUGUUCUUGUUACAAUUAAAGAUGUAAAUGAAGAUGCUUCAAUAUACUCAUAUCUUCCCUAUGCAGAAGGUCGAUGCGGCAGAGAUUACAAUUAUAGUAUUAAAAUAGGUCAAUGCCAAGGAGAAGCAGCGAGGGACGCCGUAGAGAUGUUACGCGAAUACGAUAAGCCUAAUUUAGAAAACUGCACAUUUAAUAUUUUGGCUCACCAUUACCCACCUCUGGUAUUUUCUGAUCUAAAGCCAGAAGAUACAUUUGCGGUCGGGAUAGAAAGAUACCUUGUACAACUGCUACUAGAGGCUGAGCACAUGUCCCCAAAUUACACAUUUGUGCCAGAAACUGUUGAGUUCGGUGACAUAACAAAUAAUUAUACCGUUACCGGUAUAAUGAAAAAAUUGCACGAAAACGAAGUCGAUUUGUUGUUUGGAGGAUUCAGCUUGAACAACAAACGAGCGUUGUUAUUCGAUUUUAUAUCUAUUCAUUUAGCAUUCGAAGAUAUUUUCAUACCAGUUACCCCUAACGCAGAAUUGGUGCAAAGAUGGAAGAUAAUUUACAUGAUUUUUGAGUACAGGGUUUGGUUGCUUCUACUAGUUGCAAUUUUUAUUUGCUCAGCUCUGCUUACAAGUAUUGAUAUCUUAUCAAAAUGCGAGAGCAAUAGUUCGUCUAAACUGCUGAAGCUCUUUGGAAACGCAACUCAAAAUGUAGUGUUAAAGCGAAAAGAAAACCUAUCGGAAAAUGUAAUCAUUAUUAAUUGGUUGUGGUUCGUUUUCUUAGUGACCUGUUAUUACAAUACGCAGUUGACAAGUCACUCGACCUUCCGAACAUACGAGCCACAGAUAAACGAAUAUAUGUCUUUGGAAAAUUACAAUUUGACCCCAUGUUUUUCACAUGACAUGAUGGCGUUCAUAAAGAAUUCGGAGCCACCAAUAAUACAUGAACAAUAUCUAGAGAUGGAUAGAUGCAAGACUGCUGAUCUUGCAUUAGAUGAGAUUGUAAAAUCAUCGAGUAAAUAUACAGUUACAAUAUACUAUAAAUAUCUUUGGUGGGCAUCACAACACCCGAAAGAGAAAAGCCGUGUUCAUGUCAUGCAAGAAAACAUGUACAAAACGCAUUAUGCUAUAUUUUUUAAACGUGGAUUUCCUCUUCUCCAGCGGUUUGAGAGGACAAUGUCUCGCAUAGUUGAGUGUGGCUUUGUCCAUGCUAUUAAAGGGCGGUUCCCGAGCGAUGUCAGAUACGCAAGCGACGUCUCCGGCGCGUUUGAAGUGCGCUUUCUAACAUUGUACGAUCUAAUUUUACCUUUCUGUAUUCUGGCAGUUGGACAUCUUGUUGCAUUAGUAGUAUUUAUUGUAGAAUUAUUUCACAAAACGAACAAAAUAUUUAAUGUUGUGAUGUUCCAACAUUGA